GAGCGCAUCAUGUGCUAAAUGUUUAAUGUAUAGUUAUUAACAAUCAGUCACCUUUUAGUUUGAGAUGGCUCCUUCAGCGGCUGCUAGUGAAGACAGGAAAGCCUUGGUGAGGAGGAUGUUAAUAGAAGUUCUGAUGGGUCGAGAAGAUCCAGAGGGGUUCUUUGCGAUGUGUGUGUCCGCUCUGGGGCCCCAGGAGACCCGCUCUCAGUUCCUGGCCCUCAUCCAGCCCCUGUCCACAGCCAACAGCUCCCUGCACUCCGGCCUCACCUCCAUCUACGAGCAAUAUUUCUCUAAGACUGAAGAUGAUGAACUGCAACUCGCAUUGGCUCUCUCUCUACUGGAAGUGAAAGAUGACCAGCUGUCAAGCCCCAGCCAAGACUCCCCACUUCAGCCACCUAGAGACAGACCAAAUCAGAGAAGCCCUGCUCAAAAGUCAACAGUAUCUCAGCCUCAGGGAAACAGCCACACCAAGCCAGCAGAUGGAGUUGGUAGGAGAGAACACACCAUCACAACACAAACUGAAGCCAGGGUCAAGGCGAGCCCAUUACAGACAUUCAGAGAAACUGAGCUUCAGAAAAACAAUGUUGACAAAUAUAAAAUGGGGACACCGGGGACAAGUCUGGCUGGGUGUGUCUCCAGUCCGUCCGGCUUGUUUUUAAAGCAAAACACGAUUGAAAAAGAUAACCAAAUGAUGAACGAGGGAGAUUUGAAUCAACCAGAGACACCAAAAUGCUCUAAGAACAGGCGGCAGAGGCGUAAAGGCGCUGGCCAGAAGAUUGUAGGUUUGCCCUGUUCUCCAUCAGCACAACCACCCGUUCUGCUGUGGUUCAGGAGGGACUUGCGACUUGGGGACAAUCCUGCUCUCAUCGGCUCUCUGGAGGUUGGUUCACCCGUCAUCCCUGUCUUCAUCUGGAGCCCUGAAGAGGAGGAGGGACCUGGGAUAACAGUGGCUAUGGGGGGAGCCUGUAAAUACUGGCUUCAUCAAGCUUUGUCUUGUUUCUCUUCAUCUCUGGAGCGCAUUGGCAGCCAUCUUGUCUUUCUUAAGGCAAAUGGAUCAUCUCUGUGUACCCUUAAGGAGCUAGUAAGAGAGACGGGAGCUAGAACGGUCUUGGCUAACGCCCUCUAUGAGCCCUGGCUGAAGGAGAGGGAUGAUGAUGUAGAGUCAGCCCUUCAGAAAGAUGGUGUUGAAUGCAAGAUGUACCACUCAUACUGUCUCAGAGACCCCUACUCUGUCAGCACUGAGGGUGUGGGACUCAGAGGAAUAGGUUCAGUGUCUCACUUCAUGAACUGCUGUAGACAGAACCCAGGGUCUGCAUUAGGGGCCCCUCUGGACCCUCCUGUAUCUCUACCCACACCCGCGUAUUGGCCUCAGGGUGUCUCUUUGGACGUGCUAGGCCUGGGUCGUAUGCCCCGCAGGAAGGAUGGCACAACGAUUGACUGGGCAGCUAACAUUCGCAAAUCCUGGGAUUUCAGCGAGGAUGGAGCAUGUGCCCGGCUAGAGGCCUUUCUGAAUGAUGGUGUGUAUAGAUAUGAAAAAGAGUCAGGCAGAGCAGAUGCCCCAAAUACCAGCUGUCUGUCUCCCUACCUUCACUUCGGUCAGUUAAGCCCUCGCUGGCUGUUAUGGGAUGCCAAAGGGGCGCGCUGUCGACCCCCGAAGUUCCAACGCAAAUUGGCCUGGAGAGAUUUGGCUUACUGGCAGCUGACAUUGUUUCCUGAUCUCCCCUGGGAAUCCCUCAGACCUCCAUACAAGGCUCUGCGGUGGAGCAGUGAUAGAGACCACCUGAAGGCCUGGCAGCGGGGGCGGACAGGCUACCCUCUGGUGGACGCAGCCAUGAGGCAGCUGUGGCUGACAGGUUGGAUGAAUAACUACAUGAGACAUGUGGUGGCGUCUUUUCUAAUAGCAUAUCUCUAUCUGCCAUGGCAAGAAGGCUAUCGUUGGUUCCAGGACACCCUGGUGGAUGCAGAUGUUGCCAUAGAUGCUAUGAUGUGGCAGAAUGGAGGCAUGUGUGGUCUGGAUCACUGGAACUUUGUCAUGCACCCUGUCGAUGCAGCCAUGACCUGCGACCCCUACGGCAGCUAUGUUCGAAAAUGGUGUUCAGAACUUGCCGAGCUACCUGAUGAGCUUGUUCACAAACCUUGGAAAUGUCCUGCACCCAUGCUACGACGUGCUGGUCUGGUCUUUGGCCAAACGUAUCCUGAGCGAAUAGUUACAGAUCUGGAGGAGCGGAGGAGUCGUUCGCUGCAAGAUGUGGCUCUGGUGCGGAAAGAGUUUGGACAAUAUGUGGACAAGCGCUCAGGCUGCGACUUGGUGCCUCUGCCCCAACGCCUGGUCUCUGAGGCUCUGGGCUUGUCACACAGGGAUGGCGGCGUGGUGACAGAGGGACAGCAGUUCCUGUUGCCUGUUAUCACCCGCAUGGAAUUCAAACACCAGCUGGAAGAUCCAGACGCAGAUGCCGCCUCGAAUCCCUACAAUGCUGUUCUGAAAGGAUACGUGAGCCGCAAGAGGGAUGAGACCAUCGCCUUCCUCAAUGAGAGAGACUUUACUGCCAGUGUGAUGUACGAGGGAGUUCAGAGAAAGGAGAGGCUGGAGAGCGACUACCGUAGAAUCGAGGGACUCCCUGGGCUUCCUGCGCCUCGAGGCAGGGCCAGACGAACUCCAACAGCCAAGGACCGGUUUUCUGUAGUAUCUGGUGGAGCAGUCUCCUCACUCAGGUGACCCCAAGAUCGAAAGUUCACAGCUUUAAGUGACCAGUAACUGGCUGUUAAAUGCAAAAGUAUCAAAUUCUACAGAGCAAUAUUUUUUAAGUGCAAAAAAAUGUGUAAAGAACAAUAUUUUACAGUGUUUACAAACUGUGUGUGUGUACAUAACAGGUUGACUGAAAUAGUUCAGGAGAUAUGUAAAUUAGUAAAUAUGCAAAUAGAUUUUGUAUUAUGUGACACUGACAUACUGUAAUACCAAAGAUCACAUG